AUGAGCGCCCUAAAAGACAGGCUCCAUCUCAACAAAUCCCCCCAAUUACCCUUGUACAAAGACAAGCCAUCUGCUGCUGCCGGCUCUGCUUUUGUUCCAUUGAAAGGCCGUCCCAAUCUGAAAAAAGUCAUGGUCCUCAAAGCGUUCGCCCUGUCAGUGGUGGUCUACCUUUUCUACCUUUUGAUCUCGUCGACGCCAUCACCCCGUUCAGCCUUCAGGAAGGACUGGAGUGUUGCAAAGAACGAGGUCAGAGACGUGUUUUUGGAAUCCUGGCACGCCUAUGAGGAUGCCGCCUUUGGCAAGGACGUGUAUCAUCCCGUCAAGGGAACCGGUGAAAACAUGGGCCCUAAACCUUUGGGCUGGAUCAUUGUGGACUCCUUGGACACCAUGUUGAUCAUGGACACCCAGGAUGAGUUUAAGCGGGCCAAGGAAUGGGUCCGGAGCGAUUUGAACUACCACUUCGACUACAACGUCAAUGUGUUUGAGACGACGAUCCGUAUGCUUGGUGGUCUCUUGAGUGCGUUCCACCUCUCCAACGAUGAUUUGUUUUUGGACAGAGCAGCCGAUUUGGCCAAUGCCCUUAUCGGUGGUUUCGAUUCGCCCACGGGACUUCCCUAUUCUUCCGUGAACUUACUCAGCGGAGAAGGCCUUAAAAACCAUGUCGAUAAUGGAGCUUCUUCCACAGCUGAAGUGGCAACGUUGCAGCUUGAAUUCAAGUACCUCGCCAAGUUGACAGGUGAAGAGUUAUACUGGAAGAAAGCCGAGGAGAUCAUGAAGGUUUUGGAUGCCAACCAGCCUCAGGAUGGUCUCGUGCCAAUUUACGUGAACCCUGAAUCUGGUAAAUAUCAGGGCAGCUUGAUCAGAAUGGGUUCCCGUGGUGACUCGUACUAUGAGUACUUGUUGAAGCAAUACUUACAGACGGAACAACAGGAACCUAUUUACUGGAAGAUGUACAAAGAGUCUGUCGAGGGUGUCAAGACCAAGAUGACAAAGAAAUCUGAGCCCAACGGCUUGACCUAUAUUGGUGAGCUUCCUCGUGGAGUUGGUGGAAACUUGUCUCCCAAGAUGGACCACCUUGUUUGUUUCUACGGUGGUUUACUUGCUCUUGGAGCUACUAGUGGUAAGACGUUGAAGGAGGCCCGCCAGCUGCCUAACUGGGAUGCAGACAAGGAGCUGGACUUCAAGUUUGGUGAAGAAUUGACCUACACCUGCUACAAGAUGUACGCUGAUGUGGUGACUGGCUUGUCUCCUGAGAUUGUCGUGUUCAAUGAAGACGCCACCAAGGAGAGAGACUUUUACAUCAAACCUGCUGAUACCCACAACUUGCAAAGACCUGAGACUGUCGAGUCCCUCUACUACUUGUAUAAGCUCACGGGCGACGAGAAGUACAGAAAAUGGGGUUACGAGAUUUUCCAGAGUUUCAUCAAGCACACGAAGGUAGUGAGCAAGAAUGGGAAGGUUACUUACAGUACGCUCAAGGAUGUGACGAGUCUCAACCCUCUGUUCGGCGACAACAUGGAGUCAUUCUGGCUCGCCGAAACCUUGAAGUACUUGUACCUUUUGUUUGAUGACGAAGACAAGAUUCCUCUCGACAAGUAUGUGUUCAACACAGAGGCACAUCCAUUCCCUAGAUUCCUGAUGGGUACUCUAUUCAAGACCGGCUGGCAACGUUCCUUUGACGACCCCAGAAAUGCCGUGAAAUUCAGCGACGCUGUGGGCAAUCCUGAUCAGGCCAAGAAGCAUGAGGCGGUCUUGGACAAGAAUAACAUCCCCAAGGCUGCGCCAGCGGCGAAAAAGAUUGAUGAAGAGGUGCAAGAAGAGGUAGAAAAAGACCCGCUGCUCAAGGAAGAGUCACGGAAGUUUAAAAAGGCUGAGCAGGAGGUUCUCCAGGCUCUUAAUGGUCAGGCUAAAUAA